AUGUUCCUUCAUGGCGUCUUGGAGGUGGUUAAGGACAAGCUUGCUGCUCAGGAGUUACCCACGGGUCUUAACUCCCUCAUCGCUUUGACCAUCUGCAUCGAUGGGCGAUUGCGGGAACGACAGAUGGAGAGGAAAUUCAAUUUCCUCGCAAGUCCAGGGAUUCCACCUCGCCUCCGAUUUCAGAUCCUGAGAUUUCAGGAAGCGUUCUGCACACUCAUUGGGUCGUCGGCCAGUCUGUCCUCCGGAGUCCACCCACAGUCCAACGGCCAGUCGGAGCAAGCCAACCAGGACGUGGAGAGAACCUUUCGCUACCUAGCCUCUGACAACCCUACCACCUGGAGUCAGCAACUGGCCCACCCCUCCUCCCGUGUCAUCGAUGGCCAUCCAGCGUACACAGGCAGCGGUUUCCAGUAUCUGGUUGACUGGGAGGGUUAUAUCCCGGAGGAGAGGUGCGGGGUCCCGGCUAGAGACAACCUGGACCCAGCCCUCAUCGCCGACUUCCACCGCCGGCACCCCGGUAGGACGCCAGGUGACGCCCCUAGUGGGGCUCCGACAACUGGAACACCUACUACUACAGCACCUACAACUGCAGCUCCUACGACCACUACAACGACAACUGCAGCUUCUGCGACAACUGGAGGACCUACUACGACAACUGCAGCACCUACUACGACCACUGCAGCCCCUACUACGACAACUGUAGCUCCCACAACAACUACUUCUGCAGUUCCUACGACAACUGCAGCUACUACGACAACUGCAGCACCUACGACAACUGGAGCACCUACGACAACUGCAGCACCUACUACGACCACUGCAGCGCCUACUACGACAACUGUAGCUCCCACAACAACUACUUCUGCAGUUCCUACGACAACUGCAGCUACUACGACAACUGCAGCACCUACGACAACUGGAGCACCUACGACAACUGCAGCACCUACUACGACCACUGCAGCGCCUACUACGACAACUGUAGCUCCCACAACAACUACUUCUGCAGUUCCUACGACAACUGCAGCUACUACGACAACUGCAGCACCUACGACAACUGCAGCACCUACGACAACUGGAGCACCUACUACGACAACUGCAGCACCUACUACGACCACUGCAGCGCCUACUACGACAACUGUAGCUCCCACAACAACUACUCCUGCAGUUCCUACGACAACUGCAGCUACUACGACAACUGCAGCACCUACUACGACAACUGCAGCACCUACUACGACCACUGCAGCGCCUACUACGACAACUGUAGCUCCCACAACAACUACUUCUGCAGUUCCUACGACAACUGCAGCUACUACAACAACUGCAGCACCUACGACAACUGCAGCACCUACGACAACUGGAGCACCUACUACGACAACUGCAGCACCUACUACAACCACUGCAGCGCCUACUACGACAACUGUAGCUCCCACAACAACUACUCCUGCAGUUCCUACGACAACUGCAGCUACUACGACAACUGCAGCACCUACGACAACUGCAGCACCUACUACGACCACUGCAGCCCCUACUACGACAACUACUACGACCACUGCAGCGCCUACUACGACAACUGUAGCUCCUAAAACAGCUACAACUGCAGCAACUACUACAACUGAAGCUACGACAACAACCACACCUUCCACUACAGCUACAACUGAUGCUCCGACAACAACCACAUCUACUACGACAGCUACAACUGAAGCUCCUACGACCACUACUACGACAACUGCAGCUUCUACGACA